AUGUCAAUUAUCCCGUCGAGUGUACUGCACGGCUUGACCAAGCGUCUUGCUUGCUCGUCUCGACAAUGCACAUACACAAAACCACGACAACUUGAAUCCACCCCACGGCCAUUCACCUCAGCUGCACCACGGUUCAAGAAGCCUGACUUCACGCAGAAACAGGACGAGCCCAGCGUGAAGGAUGAGCAGGCGAAGGACACCCAGCAAAAGGCGGACCGCAAAGGGCCCAGAAAAAAUGCAGGCAAAACCUCGUCGCUGCGAAGAGUAGCCGUGGAAGCGCAGAGGUCGAGGGCCUUUGUAAAGUCACGAGGCAGGACCCGUUUCGUGGACCCAGAGGCUGAUACAAAGACUGUGACCGCCUACUGCGCUGCAGAAACGUACGACAUUUCCAUCGCCGCCCGCCUCGUCAAAGCCCAAGGCUACGAGCUCGACCCCUCCCAGACAGGCCUCUACCCUCAAGUCAUCCACGUCCAGACCAGCAACCGGCCCUCCGAGGUCAAAGACUUCCAGCAAGGCGACAUCUUCAUCUUCCCCUCGGGCACCGUAGUGACAUGGAACGUCCGCGAGCGCGAGGCCCUGAAGCUCGUCAACCAAAUCCUGCCCGCCGCAGCAGAGGGCUCGCACCCCAACCUCCUCGAAACAGAAGACCUCGACUACCUCGAAGACGCCACGCGCUCCAGCAGCGAAGUAGUCGGCGACACCAUCGUCCUGGGCACCGCGGCAGAAACCUCCGACACUCCACUCCCCACUCAAGACACCAACACCAACACGCCUACCCCCACCCCCGAAGCCGCCACCAUCCUCGCCAAAAUCGCCUUCUCCUCAGGCCUCGCCCGCUCCACAAAACUCGCCGUCCUCGAAACCCUCCUCUCCUCGUACCAGCACUCCACCCGCGAAAUCCCCGCAACCCUCGCCUCGACCUCCCUCCUAAAACCCCGCACGCCCUUCACCCGCUCCUUCAUCCUGCGCAAAACAGGCGACCUCCUCUCCAUCCGCGCCCAGCUAAACCUCUACUCCGAGCUGACCGACUCCCUCCCGGACAUCUUCUGGGACAGCCGCCACGAGCUCGGUCUCGGCGAGUACUACGACCAAGUCGGCCGCGCGCUGGACGUCGGCGUGCGCAUCAAAGUGCUCAACGAGAAGAUUGGCUUUGCGCAGGAGAUUGCCGCCGUUUUGAGGGAGCAGUUGAGUGAGAAACAUGGCCUUAGGCUGGAGUGGGCGAUUAUCGCGCUUAUUGCUGUUGAGGUUGUGUUGGAGGUUUAUCGCCAUUGGGGGGAGAGGGCGGAGAGAGAGGAUCCGGCUAGUACCGAGGCGCUGCUUAGACGGUAUUUACUCAGGUUGGAGGAGGGGAGGGAGGGGAAGUAG